AUGUCAGAAAGAAUAACAGGAUUUGUUGUUGAUGGACGAGGUCUAAACCAGGACGAAAUCUCAAUCAGGGCACAUGGAAUGCUAGCACUUAACCAUCUUCAUUCUUCCAUUGUGCAACCUGAUGUUGCAACAAACAAUUUUGAGUUUAGACCAGUGAUGUUUGACAUGCUGCAAAUUAUUGACGAGUUCAAUUGGUUUCCAAGUGAAGACCCACAUCUACACUUGAAAAACUUCAUGGACGUGGCAGACAGCUUUAAGAUGCAAGGAGUUACAUCUGAUGCACUGAGACUGAACCUGUUUCCUUAUUCUCUCUCCAAUGGAGCUAAGACAUGGCUUAACACUCUACCACCUAAUUCAAUCAGAAGAUGGGAGGACCUUGCUGAAAAGUUUUUGAUCAAAUUCUUUCCUCCCACCAAGGCAGCUCAAUUGAGGAAUGAUAUAGCAAUGUUCCAGCAAUUUGAUGGAGAAUCACUAUAUGAAAGCUGGGACAGAUUCAAGGAAUUGCUAUGGAGAUGCCCCAAUCAUGGCAUACCUGAAUGGAUCCAGAUGGAAACUUUCUACUAUGGGUUGAGUGGAAAAACUAUAGAUAUAGUAGAUGCAUUAUCUGGAGGAGCUCUCUUGGACAAGACUUACACUGGAGCAUAUGAUAUCCUAGAGAGGAUGGCAUACAACAAUUACCACCGGCCAGCAGAGAGGUCAAUUGUACUGAAUGAAGCUGCAGGAUUGCUGGAGCUCGAUGCUAUAUCUUCAUUAGCAACAUAUAUAUCCUAUCUGAAUAAGUCAAUAGAGACUCUCAAUCUUACUGCUGAUGCUAGAGCACAACAAUCACAUUCAAUUUAUAAUGUUGUAACAUGUGUUUUCUGUAAUGGCCCACAUGUUUAUGAUGAUUGUCCCCAAAAUCCUCAAUCUCUCUGUUUUGUAGGAAAUUAUAACAUGAAUGAUUCAUAUUCAAACACCUACAACCCAAAUUGGUGGAAUCAUCCAAAUUUUUCCUAUUUUGAAGGGCAACAGCAAGGGUCAGCGGAUGCUACAGCACUGCAAGAUCACAGACCACCUUUCCAGCAGCAACAUCAGCAGCAACAGCAACAACAUUACCAGCAGCCUGAACAGCAAGCUGAAACCUCUGAUGCGCUGGAGAACCAAACUGCAUCAAUCAAGAACUUGGAAAAUCAAAUGGAUCAGUUAGUAGAAGCUGUGAGAGGUAUAUCAUAUGAAACACUGCCCAACAACAUUGAAGAUUCAAGAAGCAUUGGAUAUGAGCAAAUCAAAGUUGUAGCAUUAAAGAAUGAGAAGGGAGUAGAUAGACCAGAGGCCAUAGAGAACUACCACAAGCUGAAGGAGGAAGUUGAAAUUCAGAAGGAAGGAGACAAGGUUGCUGUGGAAGAUGAAUUAAAAGAACAACCUGUUGCACCUGAAGUUGCUACCACAGAACAGAAAGCUACAGCAAAGCAACAACACUGUCAGCCAACCAACAACAUAAUUAGACCACCACCUCCCUUCCUUCAAAGACUUCAGAAACAACAAGAUGAUGUGCAAGAGAGUAGCAUCUUAUGUGAUAUUGAGGCUAAUGCGAAUUUGAUGCCCAUGAAUCUACUAGAAAAGAUGGGAAUAAAUAGCAUAAGGUCUACAAAGAUGACUUUGCAAGUGCAUAGUCAAGUCAUGAAAAUAUCUGUUGAUGUUGUUGAAAAUGUGAUGAUAGGAAACUUUGCACACCCAAUAGAUUUUGCGGUCCUUGACAUGAAGAAGGACCCAAUUAUUUCUCAAUAUCUUGAAGAGUCAUGCCUUGAUACCCCAAAGGUUGUGGAAGAUAUGUGGAAGAGUGAGAUGAUUCUUGAAAUAGAUAGAGACCAAGCUAAGGACAAUCCCAAAGUCAAGAUGAAGGAGGAGACUACAUGCGAGAAAAGUUUGACCAAGGAUUCAAAGUUGUUCUUCUUCCUUUGUUUCAAGCCACCUUUUCAAUCAUAG